GAUUGGUCAAACUUGAGAGUUGAAUGUUACCUUUUAGUUCAUUUUCUGUAGAACGGGAUCUCUCCUACAUUUCCGGCUGCCGGUGUGUAUAGAUCUUUGGUUGCUGUAACCUUGUUUGCCAGUGAAUAGUGCAGGAAUUAUGGACACUGAUGUUGGUGCUGAUGGAAAUAAGGAAGAAAGUUUUUCUCAGUACUCCAUUGUUAAGAAAUUGAAGGGAUGUGAUCAGUCUCCAAGAGCAGAAUUUGAUAAGUGGUUACCUCAAUUUCCAACAAAACCAUCUGAUCCUCUAGGUCCAAUCACUCCUGAUUCCACCCGAGAAGGUGGCGACCACGUAGAUGGGUGUUGUUCACCAGUUUGGUCUUCUCUUCACAGGACUUGUUACUUUAAUUCUCAACAUUUUGGUGACCUGGUUUAUACAAAGGGCUUGGGGUUUGAUCCAUUUGCUCCUGGACCAGAUGAACCAAUGCUUGCCCCACAAUGUAAAAAAUAUUUUACAGAUUCACGAGCCAAAGUGACACGUCAGCUUAACUUUGAGGAGACUUUGAAUUUCAGUGAACAUGUUGAUCACUCAGACAAUGUGGGAACGGUUUCUGAGGAUGAGAUGUUAUUUGAAUUGUUGUACAAUUCUCUCCUAGAAGUUGUUACCUCAAAACAGAAAGAGGAUCUUUAUUCGAAAGCCUCAACUCCACUUUCAGAUUCUGAUGGAUACAAGACACCUACCUCUGCAUCUCAUCUUAGUGGAGUUUCUGAUACUUGCCCUGGUGCUCCAAUGAAGCCUGCAAGUCAUUAUAAAAGAAUUGACAAAGGAUUAUGCAAAAAGCUUAUAUUUUGACAUAUAUUUAUGUUGCAAGGUAGUAAUAACUAUGUGAAGAAAUCUGGGUUCUCUGCUGGAUGUUGAUUCUAGUACGUGCCAACCUCACUCAUUUUUAGUGUGGUGGCUAACCUCAUACUUGGAUGUCGUAGAGCAUUAACAUAGCGUUUAGGUUGUUAAAAUCACGACUGCUAAUCCAGAAUUUACUUGUGAUUCUAGGAGUUUUAUGUGCUAAUUAUGUAAAAUUUAAUUUCAGUAUUGAGUGACUGUACUCUUGUAGCAGUAUAAUGUAUAGGCUUUUGCAACUUCGGAUGUAGUCCGUUGCGGACAAAAGUGUGUAUUUAUUGUGAUAGUUGAUUGUUGGCCAUUUUGGUACUUUCAUUUA